AAAUAAUGAAACUGUUACCCUUUUAUAUAGCAAAAACAUUAAACUAUACAAUCUUCGUGUAUAUAUAUCUAUAGUUUUGGAAACUCUUAAGCUCAGAGCAAUGGAGCAUUCUAAAGAGGAGUUGACAGAGCCAGUGAGUCCCCUUGGACAAUGCUUUGACAGCAAGUAUCUAUCUUUGUAUCUUCUGGUUGUCUUUGAAUUUGAAGUCCCAAUCCAUGGCUUACAAGUUGCGUCCCUCGCCAAGGAUGCCCUUCUCUCCAUCCCUCGCUUCUCCUCCAUAAUGGUUUGUGAUGGAGGAGUGAAAAGAUGGAAACAAGUUCAUGUGAAAUUGGAGGAACAUAUCAUUGAGCCUACAUUCAUAGAAGGCAUGUCGAUGGAUUCAUAUGAAAAGGCUUUUGAUGAGUACUUUUCAAGAAUAGCAAUGGAGAAGCUACCACAAACAAAGCCAUUAUGGCAAUUGCAUGUGAUCAAAUACCCAACAACCAAUUCUGCUGGAACCUUAAUAAUCAAAUUUCACCAUGCAAUUGGAGAUGGUUACACUCUGAUGGGUCUCCUUCUUUCUUCUCUACAAAGAGCCAAAGACCCAUCUCUACCUUUGUCUUUUCCAUCACGCAAAUCAUCUAAAGAGACAAGAAAAAUUUUCUUGCGGAGAGUGCCUAAGUGUGUCUCCACGGCCUUCAAUACCGUGCAAGAAUUUGGAUGGAGCCUUAUGAAAAGUACUUUGCUUGAAGAUGAUAGAACACCAAUAAGGUCUGGAGCUGAUGCAGUUGAAUUUCGCCCAGUUGUGGUAUCACACAUCACAUUUUCGAUUGAACAUAUCAAAGAAAUCAAGUCUAACCUUGGAGUGACUCUAAAUGAUGUGAUUACUGGAAUAAUCUUCUACGGGCUUCGGCUUUACAUGCAAGAUGUUGACUAUAGAGCAAGAGCACUGAAGUCCACUGCAUUGAUAACAGUGAACACAAGAAAUGUUAAAGAUUACAACAAAGUGCAGGAUAUGCUAAAGACUAAUGCAAAGGGUGCUUGGGGUAACCAAAUUGCUUGCUUGCAUGUGUCAAUACCCAAAUUAGGAGACACCCCAAUUUCAAAUCCACUCUAUUUUGUAAGGAAAGCACACAAUUCAAUCAACAAGAAGAGACAUUCUUUUGCCACUCAUUUGACUGGCAUGCUUCUAUUGAUGAAGAAUACGCUCAAAGGCCCUGAGGCCAUGGCUAAACAUAUGUACAAGACAAUAAGAAAUUCUAGCAUAACGAUCUCAAAUAUGAUUGGACCACUUGAGCAAAUGGCCUUGGGAAAUCAUCCCAUAAAGGGCUUCUUCUUUACGGGAUCAGGCAAUCCUACGAGUCUAAAAAUUUCAAUUAUGAGCUAUAUGGGGAUGCUAAGGGUGACCACUACAACAGAAAAAGGAUACAUAGAUGAACAAAAGUUAGUGGGGUACCUGAACAAUGCCUUUGAGACACUACGUCGCCAAGCAGCUAAGGAGAAUAUUCCCAGUUGAAACAAUUUUAGAAUAUCAAAACCAUUGUCAAAGUAUUUGGGAAAAAGAUAUAUUCUUUGCAUCCUUUGGGAUGUAGAGAGGAGUAGAGAGGGAAAUAGAGUUAAAAGGUGAUGAAUAAUGCAAUAUAUAUGUGUGUGUGUAAAAGAAAUGUUGAAAGAAUAAUAGAGAAAGAGGGAGAGA